UUACAGCGGAGUAACAUGAGGAGUUGACCGGCUCGUCCCGCCUCCACCAUAACUCUAAAUGCAGAAGGCACAGCUGUGUCUCCACGUUUUGAGGCGCUAGGCAAAAUAGACGCCGCCCGAGCGGGGUGAAGACGUGAACACGAUGGAAAUUAAACGCGGCGUGUUUACAGCUACAAAGGGGAAUGGAUGGUGAGUUACAGGUGGCCGAGGGUCCCGGCGGCCUCAAGGUGUGAGAUGAACCAUGGAAAGGUGCGGGGGUCCGCUCACUAGCCCAGCUCGCAUCCGCCCAACCGACGGCAGCCCGGGGGGGUCCUGCGGCAUGCAGCUGUGCUCUCACUAGCACCAAGUGGACCCGGUCCUGUCCUCCUUACCUGGGGCCAGGGCUGCAGAAUGCUCAGUCCUGUCACCCCUUACAGUCUAUUGAAGAUGCACUGGUCUCCGGAUCACACCGCCCCUAUAUCUCAGUGGCCUGAGCAGCACCUUGAUGUCACCUCCACUACUUCGCCCCCGUCAGUCCACAAACACGAGCCCUACGCCUCCGCCGCUCGCCGCAAUUACGCUCACACAGGUUACCCGUGGGCCAGUGAUGACAUAUCAGCCCUCACCGCUUCUUCGCUUCUCAAGCGCUAUGCGGAGAAGUACUCGGGACUGGAGCUGCCCUACGAGCGUCCCGCUUCGGGGGCCUACCCGGAACCUGGAGCUUUUCUGAAGACUGAAUCGGAACCCUGGGCUCUAAGCCAGGGCAUCGAGUGCUACCCCGGUAUUGAAGCGCUAACCGGCACCAAGGUGGGCUCCGGAUCCGCGGGCAUCCCGACCACAGGAAGCGUGACUGUCGUGAGCAGUAACUUAGCCUCGGACCCGGGCUACAGCGGUGCUGGCUCCUGCGGGGCCCCGUCGUCCCAGGACUACCCUCCUGCCUACAACAGCACCUACCUGUCUUCAGGAUACUGCCCUCAGUCAGGCACAGCACUUCCCCCUGCCCCUCUUCACUCUUUGCAGGCCGCACCCACUCUGGUGCCCAGCUACGGCGCUAACACUCCGGUCUACAACUACCCGCCGGGCUGCUACCCCCAGAACAGCCUCUCUGCCAGUUACGGCCACCCCAGUGCCUCCUACUUACCUCCGGGGAUUAGUGCCCCGACCCCUCUGGCCCCCAGACCCACUAUGGUGGGGAGCGGUUACAGCUACCCGUCGCACAGCCUCGGCGGGGGCGCCGAAGCCGGAGCGCCGCUGAAACGCAAGGCCUUUGAGAUGGGAGAAGACGGACAAGAGGGAGGCGAGGUGGAGGGAUCGCGCUACAGAAAAUACGGCAACGGCCUCAGCAAAGGCAACGGCCACGGCAACGGCUACGACAUAAGCGGCUCCGGUUCUGAUCAGCAGCCCUACAAAGCCGGGAAGCCCCUCAUGUCACCCCCUUAUCGCGGAACAGGGGAUUACAGCCCCCCGUCCGGCCUAGAGGUGGAGAAUGCGUCCGGGGAACAUAGUUUUCCUCAUCAGAGGAUGCCGAUGAAGAUCCCGCCAUCGCACACGCGAGCCGAAGAUCCCACCGGGGGCCACUGACGACCCUCUUGGCUUUCAAGACGAUUUCGCUUGGAUCCAAACACUUGCAAGUAUCCCACAGACGUGUUUGAAUGUCACUUGCAACCACAAGAGGGCACAAAAUGAUUGCUUGAUUAUACCUCAUCUUUUUUCAUGAUCAAUGUUUUUCCCAAAGAUACACAGGGGCAUUUUUUUUUCUUUUUGUCACGUGAGCUUGGAGAAUCGGUGGAGUAUGGUUGGAGCAUUCUCUACAUAGAUAAAGAAACUCGAAAUGUAUGCAUCUCUCAGGAUAUAUUUAUUCCUUUCUGCUACUGUGGCAGCACCGUGGAAAUGUUGCUUUUUUCUUUUUUUUUUUUGUAGAAAAUGACAUAAUUGUAUGUGGCCGUGUUACCAGGCCCGCGACUGCAAUGUACUCUAGCAGCCCACAAAGAUCAUUUCUGACCAAAAAGUAAGGAGAGCAAUAAUUCAAAAUUGCCGUACUACUUCAGCACAAUCAUACAGUAGCUGAUUCAGAGGCUUUAGGAAAUGAAUGUCCUUAUAUAUGCCCCCCCCACACUUUUUUUUGUUGCUUCCUGCCUCUUGUUUUCAACGUGUUCAAUGCUACUGUUGUCCUUUUUAUCCAAAUCAUGCUGCUUAUAUAAAGCUGGCCUUUAAGUUGUUUGAGUACAGGAUCGCAGUUAAGGUGUUUUUUGGCAGGAUACUUGAUGUAUGCAACUUUGGGGCUCGUUGUUUACAUGCAGAUGCUCAAAAGAGACUUACUUAUUCUGAAGCUUCUACAAGAAUCCAUCUUCUAUUUUGUCUUAACUAUGAGCAACAAUCAUGCAACAUACUGCUGAAUUUCCUGCAAGCCGGCGCCUUGUGGUCAUGCGCACACGGUCAUGUAAACGCAUGCAAAAUGGGGCCUGCUUGGAUUGACUUUACUGAUAUUCAUUGUCUUUAUUUUUUGCCUCUCGAAAGGAAGAUUUAUCGUCAUGUUACUGAAUACUCAGGAAGAAUAUUGUUACCUCAGAAUGAUGAUGAAUAAGAAUGUAUGUUAUUACCUUUGAAGUGCUUGUGGGGAGCCCUUUAGAGCAAAACUGGAGAUGUCGAAAAGCAAAGCAUACUCUGAAAUCUUCAGGGAAUUGACACGGCCUUUGACAAUAACGGUAAAAAUGCACACAUACACACACACACACACACAUACACACACACAUACACACAGUUGUGUUGCUCUGGUAAUAAAAGUGGCGAUAACUGUACCAGGGCAUGAAAUGUUGAAUGUAAUUCAGAUUGUCUUUUUUUUUUUUUUUUUUUUUUUUUUAAAGAAAGAACAAUACAUGCCAUAAUGUACAUCGACAACCUUUUUAGAUGAAGCAUACAUGAAGCAUAUUUUCUUCAUGUAUAGAUUCCCUUAUAGAUUUUGGUGGCGAGAUGAACGAUGUUAUGUGUUAGUUUUUGUAGUUUGCAGCAAGACGAACGAUUUUAUGGACAAACCACGCAAGAUGGAUAUCUGAAAAAACAAACACGUUUCAAUAUAUGCUCUCGAUAUGUUUUUCAAAACGUCUUAAUGCCGGUUUGGUUUCGGUUUUCCGCAGCAUCUGAUUGUUGAAUUGGCACCACCAACAGAGGAGGUUUAUUGCGACGAUAUUGCUUUGUGCCAUUUUGUUAAUCAGUAAAAUCGGAUUUAAGAGCACGACUCGCGUCGAUUGUUGGAUUUUGGUGAUGGAGUAUCUUUAAAAGAGGGCACAAAACGUGGAUGAGAUUCCCUGUGGGGAAACUUGUGACACACAACCUCGUCACACAGCUUCAAAUUAAAAUACGAGAUUGGUAAAGUGAUACACAACUAAACCCCAGUGCUUUAAAAAGUAUUUAAGCGCUUAGCUAUAAGAAUUGAAUGCUCUUCAGUGUCAUACAAGCAAUAUGCUACACAAGCUGUUGUUCUCAUUCAGCUAGUUCUGUUGAAACCCAAAUGGAUUUCAGUAUUAUCUUUUUUUUUCUCUCGAUGUUGUAUCUUGUGCAUUCUCAAUAACCAUUUCUACCUCAUUUUAAAGACGGACUUGGAAAUAUUUAUCUCAUGUCCUUUCAUAUGACAGAUUCUAGGAGCAAUGUUUCUCUAGUUUGACUUGUUAUAGUCUACCUCUUCUUGAAAAUGAAGAUAUCGUACCUGCACCCCAAAAAUCAAAAUGUUGUUUUUUUGUUUCUUUUGUCUAUCGAACCAAAAAUGUGUGAUGUUUGAGUGUUGUCUUUCACUAAAAUGUACAAUGUUGACAACUA